AUACCACAGCCUGUAGUAAAUGUUUGCUGCAAGACAAAUAUACCAUGUGCAUUAAAAAGGUGUUCCUUGCCACAGUUAUAAACUGCACAGCAAGUCUCCGAGAAGUCGAAGAAACUGGACAUUAUUGUGGCUGCGGCAGAAACGUUUUUGGAACUUAGGGAUUUUACAUCUGAAGACUUGCAAGGAGUAAUGGUAAGGGAAGACCCACCCCCCAGGUUCCCCUUGAGCCUGCGUCGAGAUCAUAUCUGUUUUAUUUAUUUUUAAAUGAAAAGUUGUUUGAUUUAUUUUUGGUAGUUCCGUUAUUUUCUGUUUCCAUCCCGCAUCGUAGAUGGCAGGAUGCACAUUAAAUUGUGUGAUCGCAAAUAUACCACAGCAGAAGAAUGUGAGGUUGCGAAAACAAUGCCUCUCUCUUUUUGAAGAAUUAUCUAUUCACUGUAUCCUAAUUUUGCGUUUGGCACUUGCAUUUCAUAGCAUUUUACUUGUAGCCCGUCUAUAUCCCAAUGUUUUUCUCAUUUUAGAGGACUUGGGAGACAAAAUUGAGACAUAUUUUCGGUUUCAAAGAAAAGCUGACCCAACAACAAAAUGUAUUGGCAGAAUCUCGAGACGACCGUUGGAAUAUAUUUUUUUUGUGGUCAUCGUCAGUCAUUAUCUUCUCCACACGCGCACAAGGAAGGGAGAUCACCACCAAGAACAAUUUCAUUUUUAGUAACAAAAACAUCUGUUCGACUGUGAAAACGGCAUACAGACUACUCUGGUGACCCUUCUAUGGCUGUGGGGAUGGUGGCUGCCCCCUGUCCUGCCCUCGUGCACCACGGGCCGGCCAGCAGAGUGCAAGGCUGCCCUGUCAGCUCCCGGUACCAACCUGGCGGGCGAGGGUUUCAACAUUGUCACCAUGGAGCGCAAGCAGGCCUAUGUUGUUGACGUGGACAACUGGAAGACCCAAAAUGGAGCCUGUACCCUCUGUGUUAACCCUUUCAUGGAGGGCCAGACUCAGAGGCUGCCUGCGGCUGUGGUGGACUGGCGUCCCUCGCAUCAGUGUCACAUGAAGUUGUCCAGCAUUGUCUACGACUCCAGCGAGUCGUUUGUGAGCAGCAGCCAGACAGAUGUGGACGGCAGUUGGCAGAUUGGUCUGGAAGUUAAUGUCCCCAAGGCUAAUGGGUCGGCCAUGGUGGGGGGUACCCACUCCAGAGCUGCCAAGACGGUGAUGAGCCAGUCCAAGAAGGACAAGUACAGCUUCAUCAAACAGGAUAUACACUGCUCCUAUUACAGUUACCGCCUGAUAGAGGACCCUCCCCUGCACCCUGAGUUCUCUCGCUCCCUGGGCAUCCUGCCCCCCCUCUACACCGAACAGACCAAGGCUGACUACAAUCGUUUCCUCUCCACCUUUGGUACCCACUAUAUCCGGAAGGUUAAACUGGGGGGGCGGGUGAAGAGCGUCACCUCACUGCGCGUGUGUAAGGCGGCCAUCAAUGGUUACAAUGAGAACGAGGUCAAGGACUGCCUGGAGGCCGAGGCCUCUGUCGCCACCAGCUCCGGAACAGCCGAAGCCAAUGCAGAGACAAAGUUCUGCAAGAAUGACCUCAAGAAACGUAACACCAGUGACACCUUCAGCAGUACCUUCAACGAGAGGUUUACCGAGGUGGUGGGGGGACAGACGGACGGAACGCCCGACCUGCUCUUCUCCAAGAUUGGUGAAAACUCCAAGGCCUUCGCUGAUUGGGCAAGUAGCCUAAAGACCAUACCUGAUAUCAUCAACUACUCCCUCCAUCCUCUCCACCUAUUGGUGAAAAAGUCCAGCAAGAGGGCGGGGCUGAAGAAGGCCGUGGAGGACUACAUCCUGAAACACGCCCUGUUCAAGCACUGCUCCGGGAAGUGCAAGGGAAGCUCCAGGUCCAGUACCCAUGACUCCUGUCAGUGUGUGUGCCAGACCAGUAAGGAGAUGACCAGCCAAUGCUGCCCGCAGGAGAAGGGCUUGGCUCACGUGACCGUCACCGUGAAGAAAGCCAGGGACCUCUGGGGGGACACCACCUCCCAGACCGACGGCUUCGUCAAGGUGGCCAUGGACAAAGACUUCAAGCAGACCAAGGUGAUCCAUGACAACGACAACCCCGUGUGGAAUGAGGUCUUCAAAUUUGGGACAGUCAAGCUCUCCCUGGCCAGCGAGCUCAAGUUCACUGUAUACGAUGAGGACAAUUGGUCGAACGAUCUCCUGGGGGAAUGCAAAGUCCAGCCCGUCAAAGCUGGGUUUCAUAACAGUAUGUGUCCCAUGAAUCACGGAAGCCUGUUCUACUCCUACAAGGUCGACUGCGCCCCAGGGCUUGGGGGCCUCACCUGUGGGGAGUACGCCCCUUCCAGCAUGAACUCUGACCUCUCUUACCUCUAUACCUCCCGCAACGCCCUGAAUAUGACUCAGGAACUGCUGGCUCACAUCCGGAUGGGCCGGCCCCUAGGAGACCCUUUGACCUUCUUGGUGAAGCAGAGGGAUAAUGAUCACCCUGCCCUCAGUGAGCCGUGAUCAAAACAUAUGCCCUGUAAUGCCCUGUAAAUGUUAGUCUGCCUAUCUAACCUUAAUGCAUACCAUUUCUAACCGCUUGUUCUUUCAAAAAAUAUAAAUAAAUGUAACCUUUAUUUAUCUAGGCAAGUCAGUUAAGAACAAAUUCUUAUUUAAAAUGAUGGCCUACCGGGAAACAGUGGGUUAACUGCCUUGUUCAGGGGUAGAACGGCAGAUUUUUACCUUAUCAGCUCAGGGAUUCGAUCCAGCAACCUUUCGGUUACUGGCUCAACACUCUAACCACUAGGCUACCUGUUGCCCGUUCUGAACCAGAAUACAUUUUACUUCUGUCAAUAAAAACAUAAAAACCA